AGUGAAGGAAAUGUCUGGGGAAAAUACAGAAUUCUCAAAGGAACAGAACAAAGCUGUAGUGUAUUAUCUGAAACAAAUAGUUCUGUGCUUCCACAAGGUCUGUUGUUUAAUUUUUAGCCUUCCAUCUAAAGACUCUGAACAGGUUUGAACAUGAAAUGAAAAACUCAAUAUAAAACAAGAUCCAGAUAGUAUUGGCCAAACAAGAAGUUAUGUGGCAGUUCUGUGAUAGGAACUGUUUUUUCAAAAGAGCAAUUGUGCUCUGACUUGGAUUGGGGCUGUGGUACAGGCAUUGGUGUGUUCAGCUCCUUGCCCCAUGCCAGUUCCUCAGAGUAAAUCCCCACGCCAAAGCUGACAUUAACCUCAGAGUAGAAAAGAUAAAGGCAUAUUAGGAUAAUUUGUUUAAGGGGUUUGGCAUGGAGCAAAGAGUUAGCUCUCCAUCAUCCUCACAUCACAGACCAGGGGCCCUCAUGACUGCUUUUUGAAAAAAGUAAAAAGUGGAGGAGCUCCAGUCACACAACUCCCACUUAAGAUCUAGUUUGGCUCUAAGAGAACUGAUACUAUCGGACCAAUGCAAGCAGACUGCAGUGCAAGCCACUCCAAUCCCUCCUAAGCUAUUACAAUCUACAGUGUUUAGUUGGGAUACAGGGUAUUGCCAUGCUAAAGGAAAUGGAACAAGUGUAAAAGAAACCUGACUUUGAGUUUAUCCUUCUCUCUUUAUUUCAAAUAAAAUGGCUUCUAGGGGCUGUUGGAUCUGUAAAACGCUUCUUUUCUUGGUUAGCUAUAAUGUUAUCACCUGCUUCAAGCAUUCAUCAAAACUAGCAGUUUAAGUGAUAAAUUUGCAAGUUCAAUAAAUAUGGCUAAAUUUGAGAAUAUUAUUUUACAAAGGUGGAUUUUUCACAAAUUCUAACUUAUAAUUUGAAAAACAACUUCUAUUCAAAGCUUUUUUCAAUGACCUUCUUUAAUGCACAAUCGAAAAAUUUAUUUAUUUAUUUAUUUAAUUUCUGUACCACCCUUCCAAAAAAGGCUUGGAGCAGUUUACACUGAGAAAUAAUAAAUAAAAUAAGAGGGUUAAAAGUUUAAAAUAUUCAAAAGUUUAACAACUUAAAAACUAAACCACAGAUGUAGCAAAAUAGCAAACAAUUAUAUGUAAGACAUCAUCCUCAGUGCUAUACAAAGGUGGCUGAGGUCUUGUUCUUAAAUACAACUCCACAUCAUGAUUCAGCUAAGGAACCGAAGGCUUAGGGUUCCUAACCCCUAACCCUGUGCAGCUUCCAAUAUCACAUACAGGAAAAACAGUGGAAGGAGGGGAAAGAACACAAAUAACAUUAUUUGUACAGCUCUGAUGACCUUGAGACAGCACUUAGUAAAAUCAAGGCUGUAUGAUAAUACAUGUGAAGUUGAAGACUGCCUAAUUUGUGAGAAGAGGGGAGGUGUCAGACCAAAGGGGUGAUAUAUAAAAUGGUGUGCUUGGAGUGCAUGCAGUUUUAUAUUGGUGGAACUGGUCGAUCCCUGAUAAAAAGAUACAAGGAACAUCUGACAGACAUACAGCAUAUAGAACAAAACCAUGGGCAGUGCAUGUUAAAGAACAACAUCAAGGCAGAGUAGUGAAUACCAAGACAUUCACCUUGGCUGUGGAGACAGAUAGGAAACGAAAAAUUAGAGAAGCCAUAAAUGAGGGAGGCAAUGAAAUUCAUUGGUUAUUGAGUGUAUGAACUUCCCUAUGCUUUUGUAUUCUUUCCCCUCCUUUCGAUGUCUUGCAUCAAAACGUUUGCUAUUUUGCUACAUCUGUGGUUUAAUUUUUAAACUUUUGAAUGUUUUUUAAACUUUCAAUCUCACAUUAAAGAAGGUCAUUGGAAAAACCUUUGAAGUGUGGAAAUACGUAUUUCAUCGCCCUUAUGCUGUCUUAUUCGAACUUCUAUUCAUUCGAGAGGUGUUCAGCUACAAGUGUCUGGCUGCAAAAACAGAAACUUGUCUCUUGAAAACUAACAAUACAACAACAACAUGUUUAAAGCAAAAAAUGAAUGAAUUUGUAUAAGGGGAAGCCAUGACUCAUUAUAACAAACAGAUCCUACAGUGUUGUACAGUAUUUCAUCAACCCCUUUAGGCCCCUUGGGCACACAGUGAACAGCUCUGUACCCAUAGAGCUAGUGCUCUUCUCUCCUGUUGGAUGAGGACAUCUCACAUGGGUUGUCCUUCCCACAUGCUCCAGAGGGCAGGACUUAUGUUGAUGUCUAUGGCUUUAUAAGCCUGGAAAGGGUAACCCCUCCCCAGUUCGUCUAGUCCUGUGGUCUUGCUCCAGAGCCAGCCUCUAACUCUCCAGCCAAGCUUAACUUUGAUCUGAAUUUUUUCCUCUUAAUCUUUUUUUAAUGCCAACAUGUUCCUCUUUUCCUUCCUUUGAUCUAUAAAAGUAAAACAUCCCUCCUCCUUUCCUCAUAAGAACAUCCCUGCUGAAUCAGGCCCAAGGCCCAUCUAGUCCAGCAUCCUGUUUCACACAAUGGCCCACCAGAUGCCACUGGAAGCCUACAGGCAGAAGUUGAGGGCAUGCCCUGCUGUUACUAUCCUGCAACUGGUAUUCAGAGGCAUCCUGCCUCUGAGGCUGGAGGUGGCCUAUAGCCCUCCGACUAGUAGCCAUUGAUAGUCAUCUCCUCCAUGAAGUUAUCCAAAAUCCCUCUUAAAGCCAUCCAGGUUGUUGGCUGUCCCCACACAUCUUGUGGCAGAGAAUUCCACAAGCUGAUUAUGUGUUAUGUGAAAAAGUGCUUCUGUUUGUUGGUCCUAAAUAUCCCAGCAAUCAAUUUCAUGGGAUGACCCCUGGUUCUAGUGUUCUGUGAGAAGGAGAAGAAUUUCUCUCUGUCCACUUUCUCCACUCCACGCAUGAUUGUAUAGACCUCUAUCAUGUCUCCCCACAGUCGUCGUCUUUUAUAAACUGAAUAGCCCCAGGUGUUGUAGCCUUGCCCCAUAAGGAAGGUGCUCUAGGCCCCUGAUCAUCUUGGUUGCCCUCUUCUGAACUUUCUGCAAUAUCCUUUUUUAGAUGUGGUGACCAGAAUUGUACACAGUACUCCAGGUGUGGUUGCACCAUAGUUUUGUAUAAGAGCAUUAUAAUAUUAGCAGUUUUAUUUUCAAUCCCCUUCCUAAUGAUCCCUAGCAUCGAAUUGGCCUUUUUUAUCCAGCAUGCAAGCACAAGCUGCGCUUAGGUCUGCAUUAGAAGUCAGAGAGAUGUGAGAGAGAUGCAGCACACACAGGCGCAAUGGGGACUUCCAGCCACAUCUGGCCAGCGGGUGUAACGAAGUUCUUGCGAAUUCUAGCUUAUCUUGAUGGAUUUCCAGUAAUAUACAUCUGUGAUCUAUGGAUUUGGUAAAGAGACAAACCCAUCCAGAGGAAAAAAGGUCAAAUCUGAAAAUGAAGAAAGUUGCCCUGAUAUAUCUGGACAGGAGUGGUGGCCUUCAGAAAUUUGUAGAUGACUGCAAACUAUACAGUGGUGACUCAAAACAAAGUUAUGCUGUCUUUCGAUUUCUUAUUUCGGUAAAUCCAUCUGAUAUUGCUGAGUUGGAUGCUACUUUUGGAAAUUGCGUUCUGCAUGAACCUGUGAAAGCCACUCAGAUUUUUCAGUCAGUGUGUUUUACAGCUGUUAAAACACUGGCACUAAUUCCACAGCUGCAGACAGAGGCUCAGAUGAACAUAGUGCUAAAACCAACACAUUUGCCUUCCUUACCCAGUUAUAUUCUCAGCCUAAGCAAAUUUCCAUUUGAUUACACAUCUCAGAGAUUUUAUAUUUCAGAGGGAAUAGUGGUUGCAAUGACUAUUAUAACAAAAUACACACAAGGAGCAAGAUUUGUUUGUUCUGAGAAAAAGUGUCCAUUUUCUGAAGAAUUUCAGUAUAUAAGACUACACACACCUGGUGCGACAGAAUCCGCAACAGUGAGAAAUGAUUUUGUAUGCAGCUUGUGCACUUCACCACUGCAAGAAGACAUGAAAUAUCGAGUACUUGGUGAUAAACAGAUUGUUGAAGUUAUCGAUACAAAAGCAAUUCAUGUUUUUCAAGGAUUCUCCAGUAGUAAGACACAUUUCAGAUUUCAAUCUUUUAUCAUUUUCCUAAGAGAUGAACUAUGCAAUAAAAUGAAAAUAGGAAACAGGUACAAAGUUAUAGGAAUUCCUGUCUGUAUGCAAAGCUGCUCACGAGUCCAGUUAUGCCUGGAGGCAAACAGUGUACAGCUCUCUAGCCUCACAGGUCCUGCUUGUGUCAGUGAAAAUUUUAAGUAUCUGCUUGCAUUUUCUUCAAACUCAUGUUGGAGAUUUACAGCUAUUCUUGCCAAUAGUUUUGCCUCACAAGUUCUUCCAUCAGGCAUUUACAACACUCUCAAGUUAGCCACAUUGUUGAGCUUAGUGCAGACAAGUGACAGAGAUGAGGAAGCAACAGCCUGCCUGGAUCUUUUGGUAGUUACAAAUGAUUCUCUAAUAUUAGAAAGGUUUAUGAAUUAUAGUGUUUGUCUCGUGCCCCGGGGUGUACGGCACAUUGCAUCUAGUGAAAUGUUUCCUGCUGUGUCCAGAGAUAAACAUGGAAUGGGAACUGCUAGCAUUCAGGCUAGUAGUGCUUUGCUCGCCAAAGGUGGAGUCUGUUUCAUAGGAGAAUUGUCUUCUCAUAAAAAGGAUAAACUUGAACAGCUGCAGUCAGUGCUAGAGAGCAGAACCACCACUCUGUUCAUUCCUGGAAAGAAAUAUGGAGAAGAUACUGAUCAGCAAGUUACUCUUCCAAUUGAUACCAGUUUUUGGUCAUUUAUUGAUAUGGAUUCUUCUUCCAGAAAGCAUGUUCAAAAGGGUAAUACUCUAAUUGGCCAGAUGGACUUAAGUUCAGUUUCUGCUAACCUUAUAGAUGCUUUUGGGCUUCUGAUACACUGCAAUGAAUUAUCACCUUCUGAUCCAGUUCCUCCUGUUGUGGAACGCAUUUUAAAGAAAGCUAUUGACCCUGAAGAGGCAGCUUAUGCUACUUCCCAACGGAUUGGAACACAAGAUUAUGAGGAGUUCAUUGCUUUUUCUAAGAAUUUGCAUGUGGAGCUUGGUUCAGAAGCAGAAAGACUGAUUAAUGGUUACUACCUAGCAAGUCGCAGAGUCAGAAAACAUUCCGUUUAUGGAUCAACUCUCUCAACAGCUGCACUGAAAAUCCUGGUUUCACUGUCUGAAGCACAUGCCAAGUUGAGUUUAAGAACAAAAGUACUUGAAGAAGAUGUUUUGAUUGCUGUCUUAUUAUUUGAAUCCUCUCUCACCUUAAAACACGGUACUUCUAUAUUUUGCAUAGCCCCAAAUGCUAUUUUCCCAUUUGAACUUGUUAAUGAGAACUCUCUAAAUCAACGAGAUGUUUACCUGAUGCAGUGCCAUCAACAGCUGAUACAAUUUAUUACUACAUAUGGACCUUCAACACACGUUCUCAGUAGUGAAGAUUAACAUCAAAAAGUCUAUCAUGAGAUGUUUUAAAUAAAGAAGUUUCAAGUUUUCUAAGCA